AUGGGUCUUGCCCUUACCAUUUACGCAAGCCCGGAGCCCGCUGUUGAGAACCUUAAGCGCCAAUAUGCUCGAACAGCGUGUGUUCAAAACUAUAGGAACGAUGCGCCUCAAGGAUACUGCCAGACGUAUAAUGGUGAUGGCCUAGCGCUAGGUGAUGGCCAGGCGUGCCGCAAGUCCAAUCCUUGCAAGGUUGAGGGUAAUGGAUGCAUCCUGAACAUUGAAAAUUAUGAGGGCGGUUGGUAUGCCAACUGCAGCUAA